GGGAGAUUGCCGAAGUGUUACUACAGAGCUGCUGCUGCUGGAGGACGGGCUGGGAGCUGAGGAUAAUACUCCAUGCCUCAGUGUACAGCAGCAUGCUGGACAACUUGUAAUUUCCCGUGGCGUCGGCGGUGGCUGUGAAGGAGGAAGGUCUCCAUUGUUGCAGCAGUGAUUGGCUUCUCUUAUUUCUCCUUUUGCCACAGUCUUCUUCAUCAUCUUCUCGCUCACCCCUCCUCACUCCUUAUUCCCCUGCAACUGACAACCGCUGGGCUCCCCCUCUUGUCUUCUUUACUUCUUCUUUUCCAGAAGAGGGAUUUCUGUAUUUCAUCAGGGAUUGUAAAAGACAUGUCUCUAUGGGAAUGAUGGUGUUGCCACUGAUGCCUCCCUCUUUGUCGCCAUGACGAUGCCAUUCAGCCCCCUGUCCAGUGACGAGGAGCAACAAAGGAUGCUGGGAAACACUCGACAUCUCUAUCCAGGGGCAGAGGAUGAAGAGGAAGAGGAGGAGGAAGAGGAGGAGGAAAUGGAAGAAGAUGAACGUGAUGAGGACGAGGAAGAGGAGGAGAAUGGUGAGCUAGAGGGGGAAGAGGAUGACGAUGAGGAGGAGAUAGUGGAGGAGGUCAGGCGAGGAGGCCUGUCACGGGGGGUCAAAGGUGAAGGACACAGGCAAUCAGGUAAACUGGCAGGACGACCCACAGGGGACAGACAAAUGCGGCCAGGGAACCCUGGACACACCACUAACCCCUACUCAUCCAACCCCGCACCCACACACCAACAGCCAGCCAAUCAGAUACAGCAGCAGCAGCAACAGAGGAGGCUGAAGGAGCGCAAUACCGGCUCUGUGCCAUCUGAAGAUGCCCACAUCGCCAUGAUGGUGUUUCGGAUCGGUAUCCCAGAUAUUAAGCAAACGAAAUGUUUGCGGUUUAACCCAGAUGCCACGGUGUGGAAAGCCAAGCAGCAGGUGUUGUGCUCCCUGACCGAAUCACUGCGGGAUGUGCUGAACUAUGGCCUGUUCCAACCUGCCACAGACGGACACGAUGCCAAGUUCCUAGAGGAGGAGUGCCUGCUCAGAGAGUACCCACAGUCCUUUGAGAAAGGGGUACCAUAUUUGGAGUUUCGUUACAAGACCAGGGUGUACAAACAGACCAAUCUGGAUGAGAAGCAAUUGGCCAAACUGCACACAAAGGCCAGCCUGAAGAAAUUCAUGGAUUAUAUCCAAACCAGCGCUGUGGACAAGAUGGCCAAGUUCUUAGACAAGGGCCUCGAUCCCAACUACCAGGAUGCUGACACAGGCGAAACCCCUCUGUCGCUGGCGGUGCAGUGUGAGCCAGGUGGAGGUGAAGCCAUCCGGGUCCUAGUGGAAGGAGGGGCUCAUAUUGACUUCCGUGCCAAAGAUGGACUCACACCGCUACACAAGGCUGUCCGGGGCCACCGCCAUACAGCCCUGCUGGUCCUGCUGUCUCUUGGUGCCUCUCCUGACUAUAAGGACCGGAGAGGGCUGACGCCACUCUACCACACUGUGCUGACAGGAGGCGACACAUCCUGCUGCGAAACACUGCUUUACCACCAUGCCAAGCUGGGCAUCAGGGACGAGAAUGGCUGGGACGAGACACAUCAGGCCUGUCAGAAUGGUAACUCGCAGCAUCUGGAGCACCUCCUCUUCUAUGGGGCGGAUUCCACCUCCCAGAAUGCCUCUGGAAACACUGCCUUGCACAUUUGUGCUUUAUAUAACAAGGAAAGCUGUGCGCGAAUUCUGCUCUACAGGGGAGCAAAUAAAGACACAAAGAAUAACAGUGGGCAGACCCCCUUUCAGGUGGCUGUCAUGUCUGGUAAUUUUGAGCUGGGAGAAAUUAUCAAAAACCACCGGGAUGCAGAUGUGGUUCCCUUUGUGGAGUCUCCAAAGUAUGCCCCCCAGAGGCGGGACAGUGCCCAGACCCUGACAAUACCCCACCCUCACCCCUUCCUGCGGGCCAACAGUGACAGCAGCAUGAACCUGCCAGACUGGAUGGCAAUGCCCAACGCCCCAGGGACCAACAUUGUUUCUGUGCAGGGUUAUAAACAUACCGGUACCCUGCGUAGCUCCAGCAGUCCUAGGGGGGCAAGGACGCGCUCCCCUUCCCGAGGAAGGAUUGGAGACAAGGAGGACCGUAGCAGGCAGAGUCGGAGACAGGGGCCUGCCCCUGCCAGCACUGCUGGACAAGCCGUGGGGCAGCGGAGACGCCUCUACAGCGCCAUCCCAGGACGAGUCUUUAUAGCUACUCGAGCGCAUUCUGCACAGGGAGAGCGGGAAAUCAGCUUCAAUAAGGGAGACAGGGUCAAAGUGUUGAGUGUUGGCGAGGGCGGGUACUGGGAGGGGACAGUCAGGGGCCGCACAGGCUGGUUCCCUUCUGACUGUGUGGAGGAAGUGAUGCUUCGAAGCCAAGACAACCGAUCAGAGAGCCGCGGAGAACGAGCCAAAAGGCUGUUCCGCCAUUACACUGUGGGAUCCUAUGACAGCUUUGAUGCUCCUAGUGACUAUAUAAUCAAGGAGAAGACAGUGCUUCUACAGAAAAAAGACAGCGAGGGUUUUGGUUUUGUGCUGAGAGGGGCCAAAGCUCAGACUCCGAUCGAGGAGUUCACUCCCACCCCGGCCUUUCCUGCCCUGCAGUACCUGGAGUCAGUGGAUGAGGGAGGUGUGGCGUGGAGAGCUGGUCUCAGGAUGGGGGACUUCCUGAUAGAGGUAAAUGGUCAGAAUGUGGUGAAGGUUGGUCACAGGCAGGUUGUCAACAUGAUCCGGCAAGGUGGAAACAGCCUUAUGGUAAAGGUUGUCAUGGUAACCCGCAAUCCUGACAUGGAGGAGGGUUCGAGGAAGAAAAUCCCGCAGCAGAGUAAGAGGCUGAGCACGCCAGCUAUAGCACUACGGUCCAAAUCCAUGACUUCAGAGCUGGAGGAGAUGGAGGUUCCACUCUGUCACUUCCAGCACCCCCACUACAGAUUCUUCCUCUUUACUACCAUAUGGACUUUUUUUCUGUUCACUGGUUUACCCACAAUUUUUUUGCCUGUUUUGUCUUCCCUUCACUGCUGCUGGGAUCUUAACCACUUAACAGUGGAGAGAGCUGCUACUCCUUGGAAAAAAAAAUCAGAAUUCGAAUCCUCCCAAGUUACAGAGAAGAAGAGGACAGUCUAUCAGAUGGCUCUGAAUAAACUAGAUGAAAUUCUUGCAGCAGCUCAGCAGACGAUCAGCACCAAUGAAGUGCCGGGGACACGUGGACAGGGGCCAAAAAGAGACAGGGGACGAAGUUUCUAUGGCAAUGAGCCAAAUUAUGGAGAUCAGUCUGGGAUGAUGCCAUCUGGGUUGGGCCUCGGCUAUGACCGUGGACAGUACACCUCAGGUCAUGCCCCACACCACGGUAUGCUGCGGCAGAAAUCCAUCGGGGUGCCUGAGGAGGAAAAGCAGUUCCUGCAUCCUCCAGCCAUGAAGUUUGCCCGCAGUCUGUCGGUGCCUGGCCCAGACGACAUCCCCCCUCCUCCUACCACUGCUCCACCUGACCCUCCAUUCUCUUCUGCUCCACCACUAGGUUGGAGAGCUAAGUCAUCUCAGCAGCCCUCUGUCUCCAUGUCCCAGUCCACAUCUACAUCUGCACACUACCAGCCCUACUCUCAGCCCGUGCACUUCACUCAUGGGGGCAGGGAGAGGGCAGGUGGUGUCAGUACUGGCCCCAGUGGUGGAGCAGUGGACCACACAACCUCAUAUGCACAUGCAGCUGCUCACACUAAUCAAAGCAGGACUGCUUCACGCAAGGUUGCCUAUACUGGGGAGUCUGUUGGAGCUGCCAUAGGUGGAGGGGCAAAGGCAGCAGGUCUUCGGAGAGGCUACAGCACCGCCGUCCCCCCAUCCAGCAUUGCCACUGUAAUGCCCCAGCAACAACAGACUACCCAGAAUCAACCCCAGCGAGCAGACCGCAGUGCAGCAGGGGCUGGGACAGGGGGCCCCAAAGGAGGGGCCCGGAGGGGUAAGGGCCCCUUGGUGAAGCAGCCCAAAGUAGAGGAUCUGCGCAUGGGCCAAGGUACGCUGGGGAGCAAAAGCUCGCUGGAGAAAAGCUCCAUCCCCAUCCCUACCAUAAUUGUCAAGGCCCCUUCAACCAGCAGUAGUGGCCGCAGCAGCCAGGGCAGCAGUGUGGAGGCUGAUCCUGCAUCAGGGGAAACAGAUGAAGCAAAACCACCCCAUGGCCCUCUUCCCUCCACUCCCACUCCCCCUGCCCCGCCUUCCAUUCCAGCACCACCACCUCCAUCCCUGCCUUCUAUCCGAGCCCAGGAUAACCUGGACUUUACCAGCCAGUUUGGGGCUGCCAUAGUUGGUGCAGCGCGUAGAGACAGGGAAAGGUUUCAUGAAGCCCGCAGAAAGAGUGCCUCCUUGUUCAUGUCUGCUGAGGAGGAUGCGAGUCUUGUUGGAGUGAGUGAUGGAAUAGGAGGAGUAACAAGGACUCAGGUGUCACAGCAACAGCUUAGCACGCAGGCUGAAAGUUCAUCAACACGGCUGCGCCCAUCUAAAUCUAUUGACGAGGGCAUGUUCUCUGCGGACACCUUUAUCCAUCACACCCGCAGUAUGCCUCCAGCCUUUGGCCUACCUGAGUACUCCUCAUCUGCCCUGGAUUAUCAGCCUAAAUCUGUGCCUACUGACUUGUACACAGCAGCAGCCAGGCAGCCAGCACCCUCGACUACCACCACCUUCAUUCACCCUCUGACGGGAAAGGCUCUUGACCCCACAUCGCCACUAGGCCUAGCCCUGGCUGCCAGAGAGCGUGCUCUAAGGGAUGACAGCAGAUUAAGGAGGGGAACAGAGCACUUCAGCCGUCAGAUGUCAAGUGUGGUGUUUCCUUCAUCUGCAGUCAUCUCUCAGCCGGUGUCAUCUGCCGCUCAGUCCUCCAGCUCCUCCUACCUAGUCACCUCAUCUUCCCUGGCAGCCACAACGCCAACUGUUGGCCGUCCACCCUCACCCAGAAUCCUCAGAGGAGUUGGGAGUGUGUGGAGUGAGGAAGGCAGUGGAGGAGAGAGGGAGCGGGAAGGAGGAGGGGCUCGUGAGGGGUUAAGAGUUCGCUUCUCUGAGGACAAAACAGUUCACACGCACCACUACCAGUCUCAGCCGUAUCAGUCAACCUACAAAGAGCGGGAGCGGGAGAGGUCAAGGGAGAGGGAAAGGGAGCUGUCAAGAGAAAGAGAGAGAGACAAAGAGAGAGAGAGUUACAUGAGGAGGGCAGAGCAUGCUGCUGCAAACGCAAGUCAAACUGAUGCCUACAUCUUAUCUCUCACCCCUCCCUCUCCUCCACCUACCAGUACUCAGCAGACAGUGAACACUGGGAGCACUGGGACUGGCCUGAUGGUUCUUCCUCCCCCUGCCCCCUCAGUUGAUGCAGACGAUGAAUUUGUGUAUGCAGACCCACUCCCACCUCCAUUAGAAUUUGCUAACAGCUUUGACAGGGGAUUAGGGGGAAUAUCAGGGUACUCCAAAGAAUCAUUUGUAAGUGGGUUUCCUGCUCAUACACCCCUGCCUUCACCUCAGGCAGGGGACUCCACUGCCUCCAGCCUCACAUCUUAUGACAGUGAGGUGGCUAACCUGACCCAGUCUGCUCCCUCCCCCUCCCAAACAUCACCCAACCAUCCACCCCCUCCCUCACCCUCUACCCUGCAGCUUGCCUCAAUCACGGGACCUCCGCCUCCCCCAUCAGUCUCGCCACCACCUCCUCCUGGAUCUUACCACAGACCCUUCUCUAUGUCCCACCACCUUUACAACAGCACACCCACUCCUGGACGCUCAUCCCCCACACCUCCCCCACACUCAGUUGCACCUCCCCCAGCCUAUCGUGGUCCCCUGGCACCCUCCUCCACUGCUGCCACCUCUGCUCCACUAAGGGGCACUGCCUCUCAUGCCAUGACCAUUAGCUGUGCCGCUACAACUACAACUGCCGCCGGUCCCACCACAACAAGCACCUCCACUCAGCUCUAUCAGGAGCGAACACACAUCACACAUACAACAUCCUCCACUGUCAUCAUGGGCAGUCGCCAGACAGGCGAGCACCACCAUCCUCCCCCUGCUACCAAGAAAGGAGAGUCUCAGGAAACAGUGGUGGACUCUGGGAUUGAGGAACUGGACAGUCGCAGCAGCAGUGACCACCACCUGGACAGCAUCCUAGUUCUAAGUGGAACUGGUGUUCGAGGUGACAGGCUGAACCGAGGGGAGAGAGCUGGACAACGGAUUGGAGGGGGGGGUGGGUCAGGGGAAUCAGAAAGGGGAUCAGAUUUUUUGGAGUCUUAUAUGAGCUACCUGGAUGGACAAACUUUUGAGAUGCAAAAUGCCACAGCAGCAGCUUCCACCUAUCCAAAAACCAGUAGAUUCAGAGAGGGAGGUCGUGCCGGGGAUAUGCAGAGGCAGACAAGCACUGCUCCUGCAUCCUUCCACUCCCACAGGCGAAGAGAUGAGCAGGAAGAAGAUGAUGUGGAGACAGGAGUGGCAGAGGAUGAUAGUGGCCAGGAUGGAUAUGGGGUGAGGGAUAUGCAGAAUUUGGGGCGUCCCACUUCACCAUACUUUGAUCGUCCACACACCCCUGAGAUGAAGCCCCUCUGGGGUGAGGGCCAGAUGACAGGUGAUGGAGGAGACCAGUCUGGGACAUUUUUAGAGGGGAAGAAGAUUUACCCACCUGCAUCCAGUAUGAAGCCCAGCAUCAUCAGUGAGCUAAGCAGCAAACUGCAGCAAAGAAGCAAGGACACCUGGAGCAGCCAGAGAACACUGAGCAGACACAGAAGCAGACACAGAUUUUCUGAAGAUUCAGCCUCAGCUCUGAGCCCCCCUUCAGUUCGAUCGCAGUCCCCAUCCCCAAUCUCGUUAUCACAACCAUCGUUGUCCCCGUCCCCCACACCUGCCUCCCAGUACCCCAGCUGGGGACGAUCCCCAUCUCCUCAGCCUCCAGCUUCCUCUCAGCCUCCACGUUCACAUUCCCCAUUGUCCCCGACAUCGUAUUCCCCUUACCCUACUUCCCCAAAACACAGACCUGUCUACCGGAGCAAAGCCCUAGAAUUUCAGUUCAUCCCUAGCCGUGAAUCCCGUAAAGCAGAAUCACACAUGCUCCAGCGUAGGAGAGCACCCAGCCCCCUCAUCUCCCCCUCAGAGCGCCCCAAGAUGGGCCCACCACGUCCCUCAUCCCUUCCGCUCCUCCCUACCUCACCCCUAUACAGUGCCAUCUAUGACCUCAGAGGUUCAAUCACCCCACCAUCCCCUGGGAACCCUCUUGGAGAUCCUUACUUCUCACCCUCUCCUCCUCUGUUUGCCCCAUCUGGUGCACCACCUCCUCCAAACUCCACCUUAGUUGUUUCACGAUCCCUCUCUCCAACACACUUCCUGUCCGGGACUUCAUCUCCACCCCUGCACCCUCUCCCUCCACCUACUUGCCUAAGUUACCCCCAUUUACCGCCCCCAUCCCCUACAAAGCCAUUUGCCUCCAAGCCACUGCCAUACUGGACCAAGUAUGAUGUUGCAGACUGGCUAGGAUACCUGAAUCUGGGUGAGCACAGAGAGCGUUUCCUAGACAACGAGAUUGAUGGCACCCACCUGCCCUCCCUUACCAAGGAAGACUAUCUGGAUUUGGGCGUGACACGUGUGGGCCACCGCAUGAACAUAGAGCGGGCCCUGAGAAGCAUAAUUGACAGGCUGUCCAGUAGCCCAUUUCCCAUUUCUGUUCUCUCGCCUCGGGAUGGACAGACUGAGAGGAUGAGGGACGACGGGAGUCGGAGCUGAGGUUGCAAAUGCACAGACAGAAAGAUGGAGGGGUUGGACUCAAUGAGGGAGGAAGACUGCUGUUAUCUAUGGAUUCACACAACAAAUAAGGGGGGAAAUGGGUUUCACACAGAGAGAGACAAAAAGAGAGAGUCAACUCCCAAAGGAAGAUGGAAAUACAGGGAUGGAAAAAAGGGCUGACGAUCCAUAUAGACACCGGCUGGCGCUUCCCAGUUGUGGCAGGCUCAUUUACACAAGUAAAGGCCCCACACGCACGCACAGUCACACCAACCAACCAACCGUCUCCCAUCCAAAUGCAUAUGAAGACACUAUGACUGCAGCUGAUAGUAGUGAAAUGAAAACCGUGCUGAAACUGAACCAAAUACUUGAGAAGAACAAUCAAAAGCCAGUUACAUUUUCUUUGUUGUUUUUGAGCAGGCUGUGUUGUUGGCAAGCUGGAGAUAAUAAAGCUGUCUUUCAUCUUGCUGAGCAGUUUUGUUACCCUUCAGCUGGCUGGUGAAAUCUGUUCAGGUUUAAAAGUGGAACCCACCAAGAAUAUUUUGAGUGCAAUCAGUGAUGACCCCCCCCCCAUGUGAGUGGAUGCUAGUUUUAAAAAUGUGUCUAGAAAUCAUAGAUGACGAAUAUUUCAGGCUAAAUCGAGAUGAAUGUCUAUAGGAAUGAGGCUUUUUUCUUUAUGGUGAACUUUAGGAUGACGCAGAGCAGGGCGUUGUGACAGCUUCCACAUCUUUUACAGGUAACAGAGGUGCAGAUAGUUAAGGCUGCUGUGUGUUUGGACUGCUUUUACCUCACCAUUGGUAGGGCUCUGUCCUCACUGCAGGUCUUGUGAUCAGGACCCUAUUUGUUUCUCUAUAGCUCUUUAUCAUCUUAAGUCUUAUAAUGGCAUAUAUACAGACUGGUCACUGUAUCACAAUUUGUAGCAAAAAUAAGUGCCCAGACCAACAACAUAAAAAGAAAAAGUGAAAAACACUGAUACGCCCACACAGUCACCUGAGUUACUACUAUACAUGCCUGCAUGCAUUCACCAACAUGUAGACACACAUGCACACAAACACUUCCCUGUGUUUGUGGUAGUUUAUGGGACACCUUAUAUAUGGACACGAUAUACAGUAUGUUUGAAUCCAAGAUGUGUUUAUAUAAAAAGGGACAGACUGUGUUUUCAGUUGUUUAGACAGGAAACAUGACUAUGUGAAGAGAGGAUUUUAUUUACUGAGGAAGACUUCCUCAGCGUUGAGGCAACCGUUGUACACCCUUUCAGACCUUCUGUCCGAGGGAGACUGGAAAGGAGAGGGGAAGGGAAGAGAAAUAAACUGCCACUUUCUUGCUUUCCCAUCCAAUCCCCCCUUCUCCUUCCAGGAGAACCCCCCCAAAAAAAUCUCUCUCUACUAACUUCAAGAGGAAACAAGCAGCCACCCGACCGAGGGGACCUGAGAGUAACGCUUAUAUCGAGUUUUAAUACGGAUUGUUCUUACAGUUUUUAAACUUUAAAUGGGAACACUGAUAUUGAUAUGAAGAGAUUUAUUGUUACUAUUUAUCAUUACAAUCAUCGUCCUUACUGUUAUUAUAGCUUUAGAGAGCUGCUGGUUUCUGCCUUUGGAGCCUGAAAUGGCGUUUAUUUUCUGACUAUGUAGUGAAGAUAAUCAUGUUGGUUAUGUAUUUUUGAAAGAUGUAUAUUAUUUGGUGCACUGUACCCUUAACAUGGCUUUAAUGUGAUGAGAAGCAUUGCAACUUAAUAUGAAGCACAUCUUGAAUGACUCCUUUUACUUUCUCAAUGUUUUUCGGCAAGACCGAAGCUUUGAUCUAACUUACAUGUUGACCUUUAAGGCCUAAGAUUCCCCCCCAACACUUUUAAAAGUUAGUUGCCACUUAGAAACUGUUUCAGUAAUGUACCAAUUGUUAUUCUGGGGAAGGCAACACUACACAGAAGUGUAUUUAAACACUAAAUUGUGCUUCAAUUUGGGAUUGCAGCCACCCUCCUCUUUAUUGAUCACAUAAAAAAAAAUUCUUUUUCUGACUUUGUGCCAUAUUCUUCUGCAAUCUUAUUUCUCAUCAGCUGUCAUGGCACACUUAUGUUGCAUUAUGAGCCAAGUCCUGCUCCUUCUCACUGUUGCUGAUAUUAAAUAUAAGGGCUCUCUCAUGACCUCUCUACCUUGAACAACACCUCACCUCUCCUGCUGCUUUUGAGUCCUUGAAUAAAUAUUGUGUGCAUUUUUACAUCGAGGCGUUGAUGGGAAGUUUUAAAUGCUCAAAGUGCACAUGUACAAAAUGUGAAUGAGCAAACUGGGGAAUCGUUUCUGUAAUUUGUGUUAAUGGUCAAGGAGAGAUUAUAUUAGAAUGCAAGGGAAAUAGCAAUAAGGACGAUGAAAAUAAUGGUCAUUUAAUUAUGGUUGAUGUAAAAAAAAAAAAAGUCUCAAAAGUUCUAAAGAAUCUCUGUCUUCCAAAUGUUUAACAUGAGAAGGUACAAUGUAUUUAACUGUACUGCUUUCUAUACAGUUUAACCCAUUCUCUACAUCUGCCCCCUUCCACUGCUGACCAACCUGACAGUAUUAAGAGCUCGUGUUUUCGCUAAUUGUUUGCAACUUCUUGUCUGUACAAAGCACUUUCCACAGUCGCCGACGUGCCAGUAUGCUUACAGCUCAUUGUUAAUUACCAGCAAUGACUAUUUCCAUUAGUAACUGUGACUUUUCAUAUUUCCCUUUAAAGGUUUUGAAGUUAUUCAUCAGCCAAAAGGGGUCGUUUUGAAAUGGGUCAACAAGCAGAAUGUGGCUUCCUGUCCAAACUCAGCCCACUGGUUUCUACUUGUUUUCUAUCAAGUCUCUUAGUUUGCGCUUGUAAAUAGGGCCGAUGAAUUCUGAAAACAUCUCACUGAUUUAAGUGACUGGUGACCAUUUUUUUUUCCCUUUGAAUUUAGUCAUGAUCAAGAGUGAUGGCUCAUCAUUGCUGUCAGGAGAACAAGUUCAGAUCUGAGGGAAUCGGUCCGACUCUAUAGAAAGCACUUUUCCUUUAAGAGAUCGUUUAAGAAAUGAAAAUUAUGAACUGAUGAAAGCUAACUUACAGAAUAUGUAUAUGUGAUAUGCAUAUACAUAUUCAUAUAAACCUAUAUGAAUUUCAAAUGUUUUAAGAGAAUUAGAAUUAUAAUAAAGUUAUAUAAAAAGUUA